GCCAGCAUCGAUGCGAGGACUAGAUACCUCGUGAGGGGUUUAGGAGACCAUCUGACAGAGGGUGGGAGACUAAGAAAGCUGGAGGACCUCUGCGGUCACCUCAGACAACACCCUGAUGCCAAAGGUGUUGCUGUCAAGAACGGAGGUAUAAGAAGGUUGCUUCGGAUUUUGACCAAAACGAACGACCGCUAUGUGGAGUACGAAGCGCGGGAAGCUUUGGCAUUGCUUGGCCACACCUUCCCUGUCAAAGGCCAUGGCAUUCGGCUUUUGACAAUUGAUGGCGGUGGUGUUAGAGGUUUGGUUGCUUUGGAAAUACUGAAGAAAAUUGAAGAGGAAGCCGGCCAGCCAAUUCACGAGCUGUUCGAUUACGUGUGUGGUGUAUCGACUGGGGCCAUCUUAGCUGUUUUAAUAGGCGUCCACCGCUCCUCAUUAGACGACUGUGAAAAAUUGUACCGUAGGCUAAGCACGCAGAUCUUCACUCAGACUACCUUUAGGGGGGCUACAGGUCUCUUCAUGAAAAAUUCAUACUACGACUCUGAUGCCUGGACGGAGAUCCUCAAAGAAAACAUGGGAGAGAUGUCACUCAUUGAAACUGCGAGAAAUUUAGAUACCCCAAAGAUGUGUCUUGUUGCAACCUCAGCCAACACAAACAGAAUCCAGGCCCAUCUCUUCCGCAACUACAACCUGCCAUACAGGGUCACCGGCCACUAUCAGGGAAGCUCCCUGCCGAAGCUGUGGGAAGCCGUGAGGGCCUCGGCUGCCGCACCAGGCUAUUUCUCCGAGUAUAGGGUCGGCGAUCUUAUUCUGCUGGAUGGGGGCUUGUUUGUCAACAAUCCCACGGCGAUCGCACUCCACGAAGCAAAGCAGCUGUGGCCUGAGGCUGACCUGCAGUGCGUGCUUUCCGUGGGCACCGGCCGUCACGAGCCCAUUGCCACCACCAGUGAGUCUUCCAUUAACUGGGGCACAAGAAUACGCACAAUCCUCAAUAGUGCCACCGACACAGAAGGUGUUCACACAACCAUGCACGACCUCUUGCCAGGUAAUGUGUACUUCCGCUUCAAUCCGUACCUCAGUGACGAAAUCGGUCUGGAUGAGAUUGCCGCCGACCGUUUGGCCAUGAUGAUGGAGGACACGUCUCUGUACCUCCGCAAGAACGAGGCCAAGAUAGAGGAAGCUGUCCGCGCACUCGUCAAAAGCAAGAACCCUCUAGACCGAGCAAAAGACUGGUAUCAACAACAGAGUCUUUUAUGGCCUGUAUAUUAGGAUUUUCUCUUUUCUUUUCUAGGUCAGAGAAAGUGCAUGUGUGUCUGUUGGUCGUGACUUGUUGUGUCAUAGACUGUUUGUUUCUGUUAUUUCAUCAAUGAGAUUAUAUAUGGACAGUCUUGUAAUAGAUUAUUAAGUUUGAAUCUUUUGAUAUGAAGAUAGUCAUAUAGUCAGAGUUCUUGUAUUUGAAGCUGUGAAGCACAGACUAACAAGUAUUUACAUUGCUGGUAUUCAUUUUUCAUUAUUAUACUGUGAAUAUGGAUAAGCUGAUUUUAUGCGAAGUCCCACAAAAGUUCACAUCCCCAAUUUCAAAAGUUUACACCCUUUCAUUUGAUUUUGUUUUUGGCAAAUUCAUUUCAUGCGAGUGUCACACCUUACAAUCUCUUCUUCAUUACCAUUAACCUCAGGAAACUAAUCACAGAUUAUUUUUAUAUUUUUUUAUAGGUGCUAUUAUUAUUUCCUAGAUGUUAGGUUUAUUUAUGUCAGAUAGCGGAAGUGUCAUGUCGCGCGUGACUUCUGUAUUAGCCUUUCUGAAUAGUAUGUUAUUAGUUUUUUAGCUUUAUAUAUAUGUAUGUAUUGUAUUGUUUUUAUUUUUAUAGUAUUUAGAAAUUCUAUCUCAAGAUUUAUAUUGGGUUGCCUCAGUAGGCAGUGUAUAAAAGACACCUUUUUUUCGUCUUUACCUUUUCAUAUUUUAUCAAGAAAUCGCUAUUCCUAAUUUUUGGAUCCUCUCAUUUGAUGAAAGGGAAAGUAUUAAGCUUAUACAUUGCAUGAUAGAAAUUCCAAUUGGAGUGUCACCUUUGAGAGCUGAAGUAGCCCUAAAAUCCACAUUUGAUGUUCCUUUAGCAGUUGCCGAGACCCUUGUAAAGAGUCCCUUCCAAGAUUGGUGAAACCGCGUUAUAGAAGAGGAAAGCAAUUUUAGCUGUUACUAUAAGUGUAAAGAUAUAUAUAUAUAUAUAUGUAUGUUUAUAGUGUAUGUAUUGGAUUUAGUUAGAAUUUAUAUAACGAUUUCUUACAUACGUAACUUGAAAAGGGUAGACUUACUAAAGAAAAAAGUUUAGAAUAGUAUGGUAUAACCUUUAUCUAUAUAUGAUUUCUUGGAAAAAUGAGAAACUACACAAAUAUCUGACAUAACACACACACACACACACACACACACACACACACACACACACACACACACACACACACACACACACACACACACACACACACACACACACACACACACACACACACGCACAUAUAUACGUAUAUAUACAUUUGGACCAAUGGUACCAAGUUUUUUUUUCCUGUCUGCAAAUAGGUAAUCAUCUGCCCCAUAUGUGAUAACACACCCUCCCCAAGUGAUAUGUUCUAGUCAUGUUACAAGUUUCUUAAUAAAGCAAAAGAGAUAUUGUAAAA